CCCUUCCAAUAUCACAGCACUCUUCAUUUGUUUUUUAUUUUUUUGGGAGAAGAAAAGAGGAGAAGAAAGAAGAUGAGUUUUAGGGAGGAGAAUGAAGAAGGAAGGGCAGAUCUUAGGAAGCCCUUCCUUCACACGGGUAGCUGGUAUCGAAUGGGAUCGAGGCAGUCUAGCAUGAUCGAGAAGCUCGGCUCUUCUGCUCAGGUCAUCCGUGAUUCCUCUGUCUCCGUCCUCCUCUGCACUCUCAUUGUCGCCCUCGGCCCCAUCCAAUUCGGUUUUACUGGCGGCUACUCUUCCCCAACCCAAUCGGCUAUCAUCAGCGAUCUAGGCCUUUCGCUCUCCGAGUUCUCCGUAUUCGGUUCUCUCUCCAAUGUCGGGGCUAUGGUCGGGGCCAUUGCCAGCGGUCAGAUUGCUGAGUACAUUGGCCGAAAAGGGUCCCUGAUGAUCGCUUCCAUUCCUAAUAUCAUUGGAUGGCUUGCCAUUUCUUUUGCCAAAGAUUCUUCAUUCCUGUACAUGGGUCGACUGUUGGAAGGGUUCGGGGUGGGGGUGAUCUCCUAUACGGUGCCCGUGUAUAUAGCAGAGAUAGCACCUCAGAACAUGAGAGGAGGUCUUGGAUCAGUGAAUCAGCUUUCAGUCACUAUUGGCAUAAUGCUGGCUUAUCUCUUGGGAAUGUUUCUUCAUUGGAGAGUGCUUGCUGUAUUAGGAAUAUUACCCUGUACAAUUUUGAUACCUGGUCUGUUUUUCAUCCCUGAAUCCCCCCGGUGGCUGGCAAAAAUGGGUAUGACGGAUGAGUUCGAAACUUCUUUGCAAGUACUACGGGGAUUUGAUACUGACAUUUCUUUUGAAGUGAAUGAAAUCAAGAGAUCUGUGGCUUCCACAAGCAAGAGAACAACCAUCCGAUUUUCUGAUCUCAAGCAAAGAAGAUAUUGGUUUCCUCUAAUGGUAGGAAUUGGGUUACUAGUAUUGCAGCAGCUAAGUGGAGUCAAUGGCAUCCUAUUUUAUGCGAGCAAUAUUUUCAAAGCUGCUGGGAUUUCAUCAAGUAAUAUGGCAACCUUUGGACUUGGGGUCAUUCAGGUUUUUGCCACUGGAAUUACUACUUGGUUGAUUGACAAAGCUGGUCGUCGACUUCUUCUUAUUAUCUCAUCUUCUGGAAUGACAGUUAGCCUUCUGAUCGUUGCAGUUGCAUUUUAUGUCAAGGGUACUCUCUCAGAAGAUUCUCGAUUUUAUAGUCUUAUGAGCAUACUAUCACUAGUUGGACUUGUGGCAUUUGUCAUUUCCUUCUCUCUUGGAGUGGGAGCUAUUCCAUGGGUUAUAAUGUCUGAGAUACUUCCUGUGAAUAUUAAGGGCCUUGCUGGUAGCAUAGCAACACUUGCCAAUUGGUUCACAUCCUGGGGGAUUACGAUGACAGCCAACCUACUUCUGAACUGGAGCAGCGGAGGAACCUUUACCAUUUACACAGUCGUGAGUGCAUUCACACUAGUGUUCGUGAUAUUAUGGGUGCCGGAGACCAAGGGGAGAGCACUGGAGGAAAUCCAGUGGUCCUUCAGAUGAUCUUUUCUUUCUUUUUUCUGGCUGCUCUUGGAUAUGAUUUGAGCAUUGUUUUUCACCGGUCUUGCACACUUGCAGUGACAUGCAUGUGCCAGUUCCAGAAAACAAAAGCCGUGUAGCUCUACUGCUUCAUAAUUUUCAAUUUUAACUGCUAUAUAUAAGCGACUGCUUGUAAAUUUAUUUGCCUCGCACCAUGUCAAUAAUGAAGACUGGUAUCUUGAUAUAAAUACUUUUCCCAUUUAUUCAACUAGAAAAAGAAAAAAAAAAAGAAGGAAGUCCGCUAUGCUAGCACACACAUUUUCAGGA